AAUAGAACACAAAGUGGAUCAUCGUCUUUAAUUGAAACCAAGCAUGCUAACACGCACGAACCGGCCUGAAAUGGGGGCCAUCGAAGAAACUGACCAUUACCAAACCUACGGUUUAUAAAAUUGCCCCUUGAUCAUGGAGAGGCAGAGGAGGGAGUGAAGGAAAUUAAAGAGCAUGGACAGGAACAGCAUGGCGCUCGCAUGCCUCCUCGCCGCCGCGCUCUCGCUCGCCGGCUCGGCCGCCGGAGACAUGAGGGCGGCGGUGACGACCACCGCGGGCGGCAAGGUGGUGGUCCGCCACGGGGUCGACGCGGCGGCGGAGGCGCGGCAGCUGACGGUGGUGGCGAUGAAGAAGUCGACGAGGCUGGAGGACGUCGUCGCGCCGGAGCUGAUCGGGGCGGACCUGGUGGAGCUGCACCAGCGCCGGCGCCGCAUCCUCGGCGAAGACGCAAACAUCGUCGACAGCGUGCUCGUCGGCGACAGGCAGGGAUGCCUCGGGCCGUGCCCGCCGCGCGGAUUCCCGUUCAACACGCCCUCGCGGGGCUGCAACCCGAAGUACGGAUGCAACACCGGUCACAACCCGCCCGACCGGCAAAAGUAGCUCAUCUUGCGUGUCGGCGUAUGGAUGUCAUCAGUGAGUCCUAGCUGUCAAUUAAGGAGGUAUCAAACGGUGGGUAACAAUACCUUUAAGUUCAUAUCAGUGAUGGAUGUCAUAAGAGCAACCACAAUAUAGAAAUAGAGGGGGUGUUAAGCCUCCUCGGUAGUCUAUAUACAUUGUGGGAGUGAUAUUUCUAGAGAUCUUUUGGUUGAGCUACCAAUAUAGCUAAUGACUGAUCGUAAUAAGGAAUAAAAAAAUAACUGUUCA